CUCUUUCAUUUGAGAAGAAGAGGAAGAAGACUGCUUCAAGAUUGCAGAAUUCACCAAACAUUGCUUCCACCACUAAGAUCUUCACCCUCAGCACCUCCCUCCAUCUUGCAACCACCAAUUCGUACCACCUUUCACUGAGUCAGCUCAAUCUUGUCUGCAAUACUGCGCACACAUUGCCAAUUGUAGAGUCUGAUCACUUCGAGCGAAUCAUCAUGGCUUCCACUAUCUCCACUGCAUCCAUCAACAUGGUGGCACCCGCAGGGGUUGCGAGCAGGGUGACCUCCUCAAGCCAGAGCAUUUCUAGCACUGCUGCAUUGGCACCUUGCACCAGAACCUUCAAGGCCAGCAGGAGAACUCUCCCUGCGGUCCGCGCCUCUGCCUCCCAGGAGAAGCGGUCUGGCCCCGCUCAGCUCCUUGCGGGCUUGGGAGCUGCCGCCCUCAUUGCCAGCAGCGGAGUGAACCCUGAGGCUGCCAAUGCCGCCUGGGUGCCCCGCCCCUCUAUCCAGGAGAAGGUCGAGGACGCGUCUCCCAAGGAGGCUAUCAAGGUUGUCAGGGACGUGUUUGGAAAUAUCAAGGAUGACGCCAGCUCCGCUGCCAAAGAUCUGCAGGCCCAGGCCCCCUCCCCCUCCUUCAGCUUCCCCAACCCCUUCGCCAGCAACCCCCUCGACCAGGCCAAGGAUGCUGCACAGAGCGCUGACCGCACAGCCAAGGACACCGCCAAAUCCGCCCUCGGUUCCAACCCCCUGAACAAGGCCAAGAACAUUGCUCAGAGCGCCGACUCUCAGGCCAAGAGCGCGGCCAAGGACGCGGACAGGUCUGCCAAGAACAUCUUCGGGUUGCCGUCUAACCCCCUUGCGGGUUUGGGGGAUAAGGUGCAGGGCAGCGCUGAGCAGGCAAAGGGCGGGGUCAAGGAGGCGGUUGGGAGCGUAACCGGGUCUAACCCUGUGGCUGGAGGAAAGAACAUUCUGGGUCAGGCUGUUGACAAGGUGCAGGGCAAUGCCGAGCAGACCAAGGGCGAGGCCAAAGGCCUGUUCUCCUCCAACCCCUUCAGCGGUGCCGCCAACAAGGUCGCCGGUGCAGCCCAGGAGGCCCGCAGUGACGCCACCGGCGCCGUUGCUGACGUCACUGGUGCCAAACCCCUUGACGCCGCCAAGAACUCCGUUUCUUCCGCCGUGGACAAGCUAACCGGAACGCUCCGGGAGGCGCAGGGCGAGGCCAAGAGCAAGCUGCCCCUGGGGAUUGCUGGGUUGAACGACAAGGUGACGGGCAGUGUCAAGGAGGCUGGGGCGAACGUCAGGGACGCGGUUAGCAGCGUGACCGGAGCUAACCCGGUUGACGGCGGGAAGAACCUGGUGAACCAGGCUGCGGACAAGGCCUCCGGAUCCGCUAAGGAGGCCGUCGGUGACUCGAAGGGCCUGUUCAGCAGCAACCCUCUGUCCGGCCUUGGCGACAAGCUGAGCGGCGCGGUCCAGGGCGCUGCUGGCGAUGCGCGCGGCCUGGUGGGCGAUGCCACGGGCAGCAACCCCAUCGACGCCGCCAAGAACGCCGUUAACUCUACGACCGACCGCUUGAGCGGUGCUGCCAACAAGGCCCAGGGCGAAAUCAAGGCGCAGGGGAGCAAGCUGCCCCUAGGAAUUGCCGGGUUGAACGAGAAGGUGACGAGCGCUGCCAAGGAGGCCGGGGUGAACGUCCGGGACGCCGUUAGCGAUGUGACCGGUUCUAACCCGGUUGACGGUGGGAAGAACCUGGUGAACCAGGCUGCGGACAAGGCCUCCGGAUCCGCUAAGGAGGCCGUCGGCGAGUCCAAGGGCCUGUUCAGCAGCAACCCUCUGUCCGGUCUGGGUGACAAAUUGAGCGGCGCGGUCCAGGGCGCUGCCGGCGACGCGCGCGGCCUGGUGGGUGACGCCACGGGCAGCAACCCCAUCGACGCCGCUAAGAACGCCGUUGACUCUACGACCGACCGCUUGAGCGGUGCCGCCGAUAAGGCGCAGGGCGAGAUCAAGGCGCAGGGAAGCAAGUUGCCCCUCGGGUUUGCGGGUUUGAACGAGAAGGUGUCGGGCGCUGCCAAGGACGCCGGGGCGAACGUUAAGGACGCGGUCAGCGACGUUGCGGGGGCUAACCCGGUCGAUGGCGGCAAGAACGCGCUGAGCGGGGCGCUCGACAAGGCUUCCGGGUCGGCUAAGGAGACUUUGGGCGAGUCCAAGGGCCUGUUCAGCAGCAACCCUCUGUCCGGCCUGGGGGACAAGGUGAGCGGCGCGGUCCAGGGCGCGGCCGGUGAUGCGCGCAGCCUGGUGGGCGAUGUGACCGGCAGCAACCCCAUCGACGCUGCCAAGAACGCCGUCGACUCCGCGACCGACCGCGCGAGCGGUGCUGCCGACAAGGCUCAGGGCGCAAUCAAGGCGCAGGGGAGCAAGCUGCCCCUCGGCUUUGCCGGCUUGAACGAGAAGGUGUCUGGUGCCGCUAAGGACGCUGGGGCGAACGUUAAGGACGCCGUUAGCGACGUGGCUGGGGCUAACCCCGUCGACGGCGGGAAGAACGCACUGAGCGGUGCGCUCGACAAAGUCUCCGGGUCGGCUAAGGAGACUGUCGGCGAGUCCAAGGGCCUGUUCAGCAGCAACCCUCUGUCUGGCCUGGGCGAUAAGGUGAGCGGCGCUGUCCAGGGCGCGGCCGGCGACGUGCGCGGCGCGAUUGGUGAUGCCACGGGGAGCAACCCCAUUGACGCCGCCAAGAACGUCGUUGACUCCGCGACCGACCGCGCGAGCGGCGCUGCCGACAAGGUUCAGGGCGAGAUCAAGGCGCAGGGGAGCAGACUGCCCCUGGGGAUUGCCGGGCUUGGGGAUAAGGUGUCUGGGACCGCGAAGCAGGCGCAGGGCGAGGCGCGGGACAUCUUGGGAAAGGUGACCGGGCAGAACCCGGUGGCCGGAGGAAAGAACAUCCUGGGGCAGGCGGUGGACAAGGGCGUUGGGUCGGCUAAGCAGACUGUUGGCAAGGCCAAGAACCUGGCCAGCUCCAACCCCCUCGCCGGCGCGGCCGACCGCGUCGCGGGCGCCGCCCAGGAGACACGUGGCAACGCCAGAGACAUCCUAGGAAAGGCCGUCGGCGCAAACCCCAUUGACGCUGCCAAGAACACCGUUGCGUCCGCUGCGGACAGGGCAACCGGGACCGCGCAGCGGGCAUCCGGAGAUGUCAAGGGUGCUCUCGGCGGGUUUGACAUUCGGGACUCCAUUGGCGAGGCGCAGAAGAAGGCCGGUGAUAUUGCCGACGCUGUGACCCCCAACGGGUCGCAAGUUGAGAAGUUUUUCGACGGCAAGAACUUGUAGUCUGCUCCAUGUGGCUGUCGCAUGCGACCAUGCGCAUAAUUUUGGCGUGCAAGUCUAGCUUGUCAAGGUUGGUGUGCUCUUUCAGAGCCGUUGUACUUGCAAAUAAGUAUAGACACUGCGUGUAUCAAUACUGAGUGUUGAGAAUAACGUGAUAUAUCUUACUGAGCGAGAACGUCAAUAAACAGCAGAGAUUUGUGUUGUGUAAUUUCGUGUAACUCUUAAAAAUCUAAUACGGGUUGUGUUUUUGACAGAAAAAGUUCGACAAAUCAACUUCUAACUUCAGCACAAUAUAUGGAAUGUUCUC